AUGGACUCGGAGAAAUUAUCAAUAGUGCUAGAUCCAAAAUCUAACAAGAAGAUCAUUAAUCGAAGAUAUAAGAUAAUUAAAAAGAUAGGAGAAGGUCAAUAUGGAAAAGUAUUACUUGGAGAAGAUAUACAGACACGUAAAUCCACCAGUACAUUGGCGAGUCCAGCAUAUGUUGCGAUUAAAACAAUUAAUCGUGUUGAUAAAUCCCGUUUUUUACUUGGGAAAUCAUAUAUGAAUCUAGCGAUGAAAAUAAAUCGAGAAAUUAAAAUAAUGAAAGAAUGUAAUCAUCCUAAUGUUGUUAAACUAAAACAAGUUAUAAAUGAUUUGAAAUUUGAUAAAAUUUUACUUAUUCUAGAAUAUUGUAAAUUUGGAGAAAUUGAUUGGAAGAAUUAUAAUCAUUAUUAUGAGAAAUAUAAUCAUCAUAAAUCAAGGAGUUCAUUAGUUUUGAAUAAAGUAUUACGAGAUGUUUUAAAUGGACUAGAAUAUUUACACGAGUACAAACAUAUAAUUCAUCGAGAUUUAAAACCAUCGAAUUUAUUAAUUGAUCAUGAUAACACUAUUAAGAUUUCAGAUUUUGGAGUGAGUUUAAUUAUGGAGAAUAAUGCUAAUGACGAUAAAGAAUUGUCAAAGAUUAUGGGGACACCAGCAUUUUAUGCACCAGAAUUAUGUCAGUUUGUGAAUAAUCGAUAUUCAAUGAUCACAAAUGAGAAUCACGAGGGAAACAAGAUUAAGAUUGAUUAUAUGAUUGAUAUUUGGAGUUUAGGAGUUACUUUAUAUUGUAUGAUGUUUAAUAAUUUACCAUUUACGGGAAAUAACGAAUUUGAAAUGUGUAAAAAUAUUGUUAAACUGGAGUUGAAAUUUCCAAUGAUUAAACAUACUUCGAAAGUAACAGAAGAUGAUAUUAAUGAGUUGAAAGAGUUUAAAGAUUUAAUAAAGAAAAUACUUGUGAAAGACCCUAAAGAUAGAAUUUCAUUACAAGAUAUCAAACAACACAAGUUCACCACUUUUGAUUUAAACGACAAGGAGAAGAGGAAGUUUUUAAAUUUUAACAAAGCCAUUUUCAGAGCUGAGGAUUGCAAGAAGGAUAUUGUUAAUCAGGUCGAGGAACCAACUAUAUCGUCAAGAAUCAAGAAGUUUUUCAGCAGUAAUAGUAACAAUAAUAAUAGUAGUAAUAGUGGAAAUGGCAAUGGUAGUGGUAAGAGCUCCAAAUCAAUGCUGACUGGUUCUAGUCUUGCUUCAAAGACUACACAUCAACCAAGUAAUUUAAAAUACAGCAAUUUGUCACUUAAAGAUCUAGAACACGUGGAUGAGUUGUUAGAUUCAUAUUUGGAUGAUUCUGAUUCUUCAUCAUCCAUGGGUAGCAUUGAAGUUGAAGAGAUUGAUACCAAAAAUAUACUAAGUGAUUUAGAUGAUGAAUUACAUUUUAAGCAUCGACCUAAACCACUUGAUUUGAAUCAAUCCAAUUUAGUAUUAUCUCCACCUGCUAGUUUAUCAUCGUCGCCUCCACUAGCACCUACGCCAGCUAAUACAGUUGUUCCAGGAAGUUCUCAACCAUUGUCAGAUCCUUCUACACCUACAAAUAAUACAGUGAUGGUUAUUGGUGAAAGUUCACCAGGUUACAAUAGUAGCAAUACUGGUAAUAUUUUCAGUCCGUCUAGAAGGUUUUUUGAAAAACAAAUGAAUAGCAAGACGGCAAUUCAGGAUAAUCCAACAAUAAGUUCAUUAUCAUCAUCACUGUGGAAUGAUAAAUCAAAAAAUCAUGCCAAUGGCAGUUUGGGUAUGUUUGAGCCACCACUGGUAUUUAGAGAUACAAUGGCCUCCCAACAGCAACAACAACCACAACAACAACAGAUAUCUCUGGAUGGGAAAAGCUCUGGUAGUGGAGAUAUUACAGCAUCUGGUGUAGGUAUUUCAAGUCGUAGGGAUUCGAAUAGCUCACAAUUUGGAUACGGGUUAUCUAGAAUUACUAGUUCGUCUUCCAGCUUGAAUUUAAAUGCUUACUUGACGGAUGAUUCCGAUCAUUCAAUACAUUCAAACGUUUCAAAUUUUUCGACCAGAUACAAUUUAAAAAAUAAGGGUAAUAAUCAACCACAUAAUGCAGCAGAAGAGGAAGAAGGCGAUGAUGAUGAUCAAGAAUGUGAAGGGGAUUCUACUAUCAUAGCCAAAGAUUAUGCUACUUAUCAUACCAUGAGUGAUUAUUUAGAUGAUUUAGAUUGA